AAAGUAUACAAAUGUUAAAAGUGAGCAUGCUUGACCAUGUCACGUCAGUCAAGCAGAGGAUGAUGACAUGCCGGUGAUGCAACAAAAGGGGUGUGGCGCUUCGCGAGAAUGUUUCAUCAUCCGGGCCACGCCCCCCUCUUAUCUGCACCCCCUGUAUAAAUGUGUGUGUGUGCGUGUGCUGACGUUGGUGUCGGGGGGCAGAUAAAAAGGCAAAGCGUGAAGAACACGAGGUGAAAGUUUAGAUGACGACAUGAGGGUGAGGACCAUGAAGAUGGCAGUGGCGGCGAUGCUGUUGAUGAUGCUGAGCGGCGUUCGGGAGGCUUUGCCGGUUCAGGAUGAUGUCACUAGCCAGGGCUCGACAACCCGACGCAGUUCUGUGCCUUCGCCUCGGACAUCUUGGCUAAUGUUGAGUGAAAACGCUCGCGCCGGAUAUAGCAGAAGCACCAAGGGACCCCCAAGACCCCGUGGCCUCCGCCGGCAUCCGCAGCAGCUCCUGGACAUGCCUCGCACCACUGCAGGCGCGUCCCAAGGUGUCUUAUGCGCCCACGGCCCACCCCGAGUGUCCGCCUCAUUCAUGGGGCGCCUCCGCCGGCCGGUGGAAGUUGGCCAUCACAGUCGGGUGGAGCUCCGCCCCUUCGCUCAGGGCUCGCCUCUGUUCCAACGCGGCCACGGCUUCGACAAUUACGACGGACGCUACGUCGCCACGCUCGGCGGAUUUUACCUGCUCGGUGCCCGACUGAGACUGCAGUCGGUGGAUAGCGAUGAGGGGCCGUUGGAUGGGAACGUGAGGGCUGGCAUCUGCCUCAAGUCACUUUGUAACAGCAACAGCUCCAUAGAGUCGGUGGGCGUGGCCGGUGUGGGAGGAACCUUCAGCAUCAGUCUGUCUGGAGCCCUUUUUUUACAGGCCGGUGAGUAUGCAUCCGUCUACGUGGACAACAGCAGCAGCAGCAGUGUCCGCGUCAUGCCCGACUCCUUCUUCUCCGCAAUCCUGCUGGGAAUUUAAACUUCACUUCUUGUUGAACUACCAUUGUCACUUCCUUUGAAUGACAUUAGCUUCCUGUCCACACAAUAUUAAAUAUUUUAGAAAAGAAAAAACAUUUUGGAACAAAAAUGAAACAUUUUCGACCAAAAUGUGAAAUUAAUUAUACAUAGUUAAUUAAUUGUUAAUUAAUUAUACUUUUUGAAACAAAACAUUAACCAUGUAACCAGUGACAAAAAAUAGCAAUUUUUGACUAUUUCACCCUUUUUGGACAAAAAUUAACCACUUUGAAACAAAAACUACACUUGCUCCAGUGCUUAAUUUGUAAAUCAUCAGGUGCCGGAACGCAAAGUACGUAUGACAGCGCAGGGAUGACGAGACUGGCACAGGUCCCAGAACAUACGCAGAAAAUGGUGCUGAAAAAAACACGCAAAUGCCCACUUGCCAUGCUGUGGGACUUACAAGCCUCAAUUUCAGAUAAUAUCCAUUGUAUAAAUGUUAUGACAACAAUUUAAAAUUAUUUAGGUUAUACUCUGCACAGCACGGGCAAUUGCCCACAUAGCCACAGGUGGGACUUAGAGUACACAGUCAGCAAUUAGUUUCUCAACAGGUCUAACUUGUAAAAGAAAAGAAAAAAUCUGAGAUUACAAUAAAUAACAAAAAUCUCCCAUUAUUAUUAUGCAUUAUAAUAUCGGGUGGGUUUGAGGAAGCUCUCUGAUUGGUCAGUUGCCGUGUAUUAAUCACGAUAUAACAUGACUAAAUGAUUAAUACAUGGCGCGGGCCACAUCACCAAAUGUAUCACUACGCCGUUAUAUUCGUGCCUUGAGUCUGUGGUUUACAAACAUAUUUAUCCCUUAAUUCAUUAUACUUCUAUAGUAAUGUAUUCCAAUAACACAGUUGUAAUUAUUGUAUA